AUUCCCACCUUGCAGCUCUUCUUCAUGCUCAGUAUUGUUUGUAUUAUAAUUUGAACCUUCUCCUUGCGUUCCUUGGCUCAGCUCUUCUCAUGACACCUCUGUCAUUGGCCAUCAGUUUUGUUGUCUUGUUGUCCAUCAUAUUGGAGGUAGUUGGAAUACCUCGGGGGUAUACAUCGUCUGUUGGACAGUUUAUACCUUUGACACGGAGGACGCAGCCUUCACGGAAUAUCUCAGAAUGGGCGGAGUAUGCCAAGAACCUGCGGGAUGCCACAAUUGCGAAGUACUCUCCACAACAUAGUCAAAAGAGGGGGGCCGGCGAGAAUUUGUUAGUCAACCAGGGGUUCGACACAAGCUUCUACGGAUCCCUGGCUGUCGGUACACCGCCUUACGCAUUUGACGUAAUUCUAGACACAGGAUCCUCAGAUAUGUGGAUUGCAUCAUCCGCGUGUCAAUCUGCGUGUGCAGGAACGGGCAAUUUUGACUCGGCAAAAUCCUCUACGUUUCAAGAUAUGAAUAGAAGCUUUAGCAUAACCUAUGACAAAGGUUACGCAGCAGGUACUAUCGGACAAGAUGUUGUUCAAAUGGCUGGUUUCACAAUAUCCCACCAAACAUUCGGGGUGGUGACAACUACCGCGGCGAACUUCCUGCAAAAUCCUGUCACCGGGAUCUUUGGUCUCGCAUGGCAAUCGCUGGCAGUCUCUGGUGCUAUGCCAUUUUGGCAAGCGCUUGCAAGUAAUGGCCAGUGGAGUCAACCCUUGAUGGCUUUCCACUUGACUCGCUUUUUAAAUGACAGCCGAGCUGGACAACUAGAACCUGGAGGAUCUUUUACAAUGGGAUAUGCAAACGAGAGUUUGUACACCGGGACGAUUGACUACCAGGAUAUUCCCAAUGGACAAGCCUCGUACUGGCUUCAACAAAUUACUUCGAUGACUGUGCAAGGAAAAUCCAUAUCUUUGCCAAGCGGUAGUGCAUCUUACGCCGCCAUUGAUACCGGUACGACACUCGUGGCAGGGCCUGCGGCUAGCAUCGCAGCCAUUUACGCUCAGAUCCCUGGAUCUCAGCCUGUAACGGGCAGCUGGGAGGGGUUUUACAGUUACCCCUGUGACACUGCUGUUGUGGUAGAGAUCUCGUUUGGAGGUCCCCAUUGGACAAUCAGCCCCGGUGAUUUCGCGUUCGCAUCCACAGCAUCCACCCCGAAUGAAUGCUAUGGCGCGUUUUACGCAAUACCCACGUCUGAUGGAACUCCCUCCUGGAUCCUAGGUGACACGUUCUUGAAGAACGUUUAUUCAGUUUUCCGAUACGAUACUCCGUCUGUCGGAUUCGCAGCACUGUCAGAAGUCGCACUUGCAAUGAACGACAUGGCUGGAAGAAUACCUUCCGCUACUCUCGGUGCUAACUCAGCAAUGUUUACCUUGGAACCGAGCGCGGCACUCGCAAGACGCACCUCUAGCGCAGUUGCAUUCGUCAUUUCCGCUUUCAUCGCCACCUUGGUGUCAUUUGUACAAGCAUAAUGCUGCGGCUGUAAACUCAGUGGUGCACUUACGGCCACCUACACACAGCCUUCCGGACCGACAUGCUGUGCUACUCAUUUUCACCUGCUGGGCAUUGCUAGAUGUUGUAAUUGCAGGGGACGCAUGGAUAGCCACCAGAGCACAUACUUUACUGUAGGCUUAGACAGGCUCGCCGCAUGAUCCAUGAGGCUGUUGGCACACAUUUCCGGUUAGCUAGUUACUGCUAAUAGCUUUACCAGCCAGCUUUUCACACGAUCGUCUAAAUAUUGUGUACGUAAGAUAUUCACU